AUGAGUUAUAAAGUGAAUAGUUCGUAUCCAGAUUCAAUUCCUCCCACGGAACAACCGUACAUGGCAAGCCAGUAUAAACAAGAUUUGCAGAGUAAUAUUGCAAUGGCAACGAAUAGUGAACAGCAGCGACAACAACAGCAGCAGCAGCAACAGCAGCAACAGCAGUGGAUAAAUCAACCUACGGCGGAAAAUUCGGAUUUGAAGGAAAAAAUGAACUGCAAGAAUACGCUCAAUGAGUACAUAUUUGACUUUCUUACGAAGUCGUCUUUGAAAAACACUGCAGCAGCCUUUGCUCAAGAUGCGCACCUAGAUAGAGACAAAGGCCAAAACCCAGUCGACGGACCCAAAUCUAAAGAAAACAAUGGUAACCAGAAUACGUUCUCGAAGGUAGUAGAUACACCUCAAGGCUUUUUGUAUGAAUGGUAGCAAAUAUUCUGGGACAUCUUUAAUACCAGUUCUUCCAGAGGUGGCUCAGAGUUCGCUCAGCAAUAUUAUCAACUAGUUCUUCAAGAACAAAGGCAGGAACAAAUAUAUAGAAGCUUGGCUGUUCAUGCGGCAAGGCUACAACACGAUGCAGAACGAAGAGGGGAAUAUAGUAACGAGGACAUAGACCCCAUGCACUUGGCUGCUAUGAUGCUAGGAAAUCCUAUGGCACCUGCGGUUCAAAUGCGCAAUGUUAAUAUGAACCCUAUACCAAUUCCUAUGGUUGGUAACCCUAUCGUUAAUAAUUUUUCCAUUCCACCAUACAAUAAUGCAAACCCCACGACUGGUGCAACUGCUGUUGCUCCCACAGCGCCGCCUUCCGGCGAUUUUACAAAUGUAGGGCCAACCCAGAAUCGGAGUCAAAACGUUACUGGCUGGCCAGUCUAUAAUUAUCCAAUGCAACCCACUACGGAAAAUCCAGUGGGAAACCCGUGUAACAAUAAUACCACAAAUAAUACAACUAAUAACAAAUCUCCAGUGAACCAACCUAAAAGUUUAAAAACUAUGCAUUCAACAGAUAAACCAAAUAAUGUCCCGACGUCAAAAUCUACAAGAAGUAGAUCUGCAACCUCAAAAGCGAAGGGUAAAGUUAAAGCCGGUCUAGUGGCUAAGAGACGAAGAAAAAAUAAUACCGCUACAGUUUCCGCGGGAUCGACGAACGCUUGUUCGCCAAAUAUUACCACACCAGGCUCAACAACAAGUGAACCCGCUAUGGUAGGUUCAAGAGUAAAUAAGACUCCAAGAUCAGAUAUUGCUACUAACUUCCGCAAUCAAGCAAUAAUAUUUGGCGAGGAAGAUAUUUAUUCUAAUUCCAAAUCUAGCCCAUCGUUGGAUGGAGCAUCACCUUCCGCUUUAGCUUCUAAACAGCCCACAAAGGUAAGGAAAAAUACAAAAAAGGCAUCCACCUCAGCUUUUCCAGUAGAGUCUACGAAUAAACUCGGUGGCAACAGCGUGGUGACAGGUAAAAAGCGCAGUCCCCCUAACACUAGAGUGUCGAGGAGGAAAUCCACUCCUUCUGUUAUUCUGAAUGCUGAUGCCACUAAGGAUGAGAAUAAUAUGUUAAGAACAUUCUCGAAUACUAUUGCUCCGAAUAUUCAUUCCGCUCCGCCCACUAAAACUGCGAAUUCUCUCCCUUUUCCAGGUAUAAAUUUGGGAAGUUUCAACAAGCCGGCUGUAUCCAGUCCAUUAUCUUCAGUGACAGAGAGUUGCUUCGAUCCAGAAAGUGGCAAGAUUGCCGGAAAGAAUGGACCCAAGCGAGCAGUAAACUCAAAAGUUUCGGCAUCAUCCCCAUUAAGCAUAGCAACACCUCGGUCUGGUGACGCUCAGAAGCAAAGAAGUUCUAAGGUACCAGGAAACGUGGUUAUAAAGCCGCCACAUGGGUUUUCAACCACCAAUUUGAAUAUUACUUUAAAGAACUCUAAAAUAAUCACUUCACAGAAUAAUACAGUAUCCCAAGAAUUGCCGAAUGGGGGAAACAUACUGGAGGCGCAAGUAGGCAAUGAUUCAAGAAGUAGUAAAGGCAAUCGUAACACAUUAUCUACUCCAGAGGAAAAAAAGCCGAGUAGUAAUAAUCAAGGAUAUGAUUUUGACGCCCUCAAAAAUUCAAGUUCUUUGUUGUUUCCUAAUCAAGCUUAUGCUUCUAACAAUAGAACACCAAACGAGAAUUCAAAUGUUGCUGAUGAAACCUCUGCAUCUACAAAUAGUGGCGAUAAUGAUAACACAUUAAUUCAGCCCUCAUCCAAUGUGGGUACAACUUUGGGUCCUCAGCAAACCAGUACUAAUGAAAAUCAGAAUGUACACUCUCAGAACUUGAAGUUUGGGAAUAUUGGUAUGGUUGAAGACCAAGGACCGGAUUACGAUCUCAAUUUACUGGAUACAAAUGAAAAUGAUUUCAAUUUUAUUAAUUGGGAAGGCUGA